AUAAAUAAAAACCAAAAAAGGGCGUGGAUUGUAUUCAUGAGUGCAUCUCAGGGAAUCGUAUGUAUUUUCUAUUUGACUGUUAUUCUUGAGUCUGAAGUAACCAAUAACUAAUAUUGAAGAUCACCAUGAGGAUCAAUGAGAAGAACAACUACCCAAAAGCAUCAAGUGAGCUAGUAAAUGGGGCCCUCUUGACUUACAUAGCUGGUAUGUUCCUGAUGAUAGCGUUCUGCAGUCCUUACUGGGUUAAGUCAUAUGAUGAGACUUUUUCUGAAUUCAAGAAUAUGGGAUUGUGGGAAUAUUGCUUUGAUCAGUUCCGUUACCCCUACUACCAAUUCGAUCAUCCCUUUCACGGUUGCCACCACGUUUUCAGCCAAGAGUUCUAUGUUAUCAGAGAAUGGUUGCUACCACCAUGGUUGAUGACCACUCAAGCUUUUGUUACCAUGUCAUUUUUGCUGAGUUUUGGGGCACAAGUUGUUAUGGCUCUACAACUAUGCAGAUGGCCUCUAGAGUUGGUGUUGCAAAGAGAAUGGAUAUUGUCUGCUGUUGAUUUUGUAUGUGUAGCAACCACAUCUGUUUUCAUGUUUUUGGCAAUAGUAAUAUUUGGAGGAUCCCAUGCAAGACGUGACUGGCUAAUGUAUCCAAAUUUCAACUAUCUUUGUUGGUCUUAUGGUAUGGCAUGUCUAUCAUUCUUUUUCCAUGUUUUUGCUUCUUUCUUUCUAUACAAAGAGGCACAGCAAAGCUAUGAGAGACGUAGAGAGUCUAAGAAUUUGAUAAUGCAGAUGCACCCCAAUCCUCAGCAUAGAUUGGGGUGGGGUAUGCAGUAAAAAAGUAUAUUUCUCCCUUUGUAGGGGUUCAAUUUAGUAAACAUAAAAUUUUGUUUGGAAUAGUUUUUUGUAAUUUUUUAAUAUGAACAAAGUUUGUAUGCAUGUGAUAUGUGAUAUAGACAGACAUAUGAAUCUCAUAUCUAAUUUAUAGGUUCUUCCCAUAUUUGGGAUAAUAGGGUCCACUCAAUUUGUGAUCACUCACAAUUCAAAUUUAGCUGUAUGGAAAUUUGCUACUUCACUAUGAAUGAUUCAGAGUGUUUGACUUCAAUAAUUACUACUUCUUCUGAAGUGAAUAUUAAGAAAAAUGUUAGCUUCAUUGGAAUUUGAUAAUUAUAUGUUGUCAUUCUAGUUACUUAUAAUAAAUAGUACUUGAAGUAUCUACUUCUUUAUCCGUCCAUAGAUUUACAUUAUUAUCAUUAAUUGUUUUGGUCUAUUUUAUAUUGUUAAAGCUAAUAUGCACAAUAAAUAUUUUUUGGAGCU